AAGAUUUUACAUGGAAACGAACGCGUUUUAGUGACCUAGAUGCGUAAAACCGUAAGAUUUUAAAUUUUAAAACGCGAUUUUGACUGCAUUGAAAAAGAGAAUAUAGAUUGGAGAAAUAAUGAAAUAUAAAUUAUUGGGUUUCAAAAUUGAAGUUAGGGUUUGGAAUCCGAGGAGAAGAAUAGAUCCAGAUCAGAUAAAGAUGGAAAACCAAUUUCUUUGCCUAGCUUGGGAUAUGCAUAGUACGACGCUUAACCGGAGACGAAGCUUUUGCAAGCGGCCUCUGUCGAGACGUGGGCAGGCAAAGUCGGUCCGGGUUACGAAAUCUUGCUGUGAACAGCGGCAUCCGAGUCCUCGUCCCUGUCCUCGUUCUCGUCCCGCUCAGUCGACAAUUUGCAAUUGUAUUGUUGAUACGAAGGAGAAUAAUUGGUGGGACGUUGCGGUGCUCUUCCGUCAUAAGGGCUCCGUUUUGCUACACUUGGUGAAUGCAGAGGAUGCGAAGAAAGUAGUUUGUACCGAGCGAUUGGGCCCCACAGAAGGUAUGGGUUUCAUUGCUUUAGGAUCAAAACUCUAUGUUUUCGUGGUCCUGGUACAAGUCACUACUUUGGUGAACUUGGUAGUGGGAUUUGGAAGAACAGAGACCUCUACAUGUUUCAGAAAGCAAGGGAUCUCUGCUAGCGAAGCCGUAUCCCAUCGUCUCCGCCUACUGUGCGUUGACGGAGUUGGAGGAAGGAGCGGUGUCGAGGGUGGAGGAGGUGCAGGUGAUUAUUGCCUGGGAGCGGCUACAACAAUUGCGGGGGCGGAGCUAGGAUAAGGAAUUGAGAGCUGAUUUUGUUGCGGGAAGGGAUGUAGUGAUGGAGGAGGAAGCACCCCUUUAAUUUUUAACUAUAAUAAUUUUAUUGAUUUAUU